AUGCUCUCGCUCGAGACGACGUCGUCCCUCUCGCCGUACCUGUGGGGAGCGCUGGCCGUGUCCGUGGCGCUCCUCCUCGACGUCCUCUUCCGCGCCCCCUCGAACCUGCACCGCCCGGACGCCAAGAUCCAGAGCUACCGCACCCUCUUUGCCGGCCUCGGCCCCACGGCCCUGUUCGAGAAGCGCAACACGUUCCUCCGCUCCGUCUUCGGCCACCCGGAAAAGUUUGCCACGUCGCCGCCCCCGAGCAGCGCGGCGCGCUUCAAUGCGCGCAACCACGUCCUCACCGUCAGCGCCAACCCCGAGGACCGCAAGACGUUCUUCCACGACCGCAGCCUCGACUUUGAAAAGGGCUACGAGACCCUCUUUGCCGGCAUCCCGGACGUGCCCGAGUGGCUCAAGGGCGUCAAGGACGAGGAAAAGCAGAGUCGCCUGGGCGAUGCGGCGGUCGAGGAGACGGGCAUGGGCAGCUUCAACUACAACCUCAAAAACGCCCUCAGCACCGACCGCAUCGACAAGUCGGUGGCCACCAUGGUCGGCUACUCGCUCGACGCCUUCCGCGCGCUGCCGGCGUCCGGCGGCCGCAUCUGGUGCCACGACACCAUCUACUCGCUCAUCUUCCGCCUCUCGCUCGUCGGCGUCGGCCUCAACGAGCAGCACCGCGACCUCGACGCCAUGCAGCGCAUCGAGAAGCCCUUCUGGUCGUUCGCCGACAACGCCGGCUACCUCCAGACCCUCUUCCCGCUCCUCUUCACGCCCUCGACGGUGCGCAAGUGGAAGGGCACCAUCGCCAUGGCCACCAACGUCAGCCAGCUCGUCGAGGCGCGCCGCAAGUCGGGCAGCCGCGAGGACGACUACCCGCAGGUGCUCAUCGACCGCGGCGUGCCCACCAAGCAGAUUGUCGAGUUCGUCAUGGGCAGCCUUUUUGCGGCCAUCAUCAACACGACGGGCGUCACGUCGUACACCCUCAUCUUUAUGGCCGCCUACCCAGAGUGCCAGCGGCAGCUGCGCGACGAGCUCGAGACGGUGCUGCGCGCCGAGGCCGAGGGGCGCGGCGACGACUACGACGCGCUCAGCGUCGAGGAGCGCCUGGCGCGCGUCCCGCUUGCGGUGUGGGAGGACGCGGAGCGCUUCCCGUACCAGCAGGCCGUCGAGAGGGAGACGAUGCGGCUGCUCCUCAACUCGCUCCUCUUCCGACGCAAGCUCGACAAGCGCGGCGUCAAGCCGCGCACCACGACCCUCUCGGGCGACGUCGUGACGCACCAGGAGUUUGUGGGCUACUGGCUCUCGUCGGUGCACUACAACGAGUCGAUCUACAGCGACCCCCUGCUGUUCGAUCCGGACCGCUGGAUGCGCGGCGAGGGACGGGGGGACGGCGACUUUCUCGCGUGGGGGUGGGGCAACCACCCGUGCCUCGGCAUGCGCUUUGCCAAGCUCGAAAUCAAAAUCGCCCUCGCCGCCUUCCUCGAGUCGUUCCCGCACGUCCGCGCCGUCAAUGACCGCGGAGAGGAAUACGACCGCACCUCGGUCCCCAAACCCGUCAUUGACAGCGAACACCGCAGGCUGCCCCAGAAACCCGUCUUCCUCGCCUACGACGACAAUCGCCUUCGUGCACAGCCGACGCCGACGGCGGCAUGA